AUGGAGAAAGCCAAAAUAUCUCACAUAAACCGCAUUAAGAUAAACAGUAAUCAUAAUUCCGAUGAUGAGCUGGGUCUUGAUGUCCUAAUAGUCGAGGAGAUCUCAUGGGGAACGUCUAAGGAGAUAUAUGAAUUCUCUAAUACCGUUCAGGGGUGGGAUAAUUAGGACAGUAUUUUAUCAAAUAAUGGUAAAAUGAUAAAUUAGGAAAAUGAAAGAAAAAAUUAUUAAGGGCACUCGCCUCACAGGAUUAAUGAUUUCUCAAAAAGAGGGAAGAAAAAGAUUAUUUUACUUUAUGGCCACCCAAAAAUUGAUUAACCAUCUCCAACUGCUUCUUAUAUGAGAAGUCGUAUCUUUAAACAGUACAUAUCUCACAGAACCAAAAUGAAUACGCAGAGAUCGGAUUGA